AUGAGCCAAAGGCAUCUUGAGGUCGCAGGUGAGAACCGGCAUGCGCUGAUACCCGAUGAACAGCGCAAACCAUCCGAGGAGGAGCUCGAUCAAGACAUUGCGCAACCAAUCUCACCGACUUCAAUUCUACCAUCGAUCGAGGCGCAGGCUACUACGCAAUCGCCAGCAGAAAAUCCCUUAGACCAGACACUCCUCAAUACUGCAAAAGCACGAGCGUCACAAGCACCGGGAUCAGUAUUCGCAAAGCCGAUUCUUCCAGCUUCCACCUAUUCAGAAGCGCCGGACCGGCGUGACAGCAAUCGGGACGAUGAACCCCAGCACAAGCGCCGAAAGACAGAGGAAGAAGGCCUUGAGCGACAAGGUCAAACAUCGCUUCCCGCAGCUCGAGCGAUCAUCCGCGAAGGGACGCCCAUGCCGUUCACUGUCAAUCACCCCAGACAUGGUGCAACAACCUAUCGCCACAUAGCCGACGACGACCUUCAAUCCCGAAAGCGUCCCGAUCUUGACUUGCGACCGCCUUGCAAGACCCACGUGGAGCUCAAGGGAUUGAAGCGCACAAUCCACGCCUUUGAAGAAUGGAGCUUGAAUCAGACUCUAUCGCAACCGGGCGAGGCUCCAUGGAUGCAGGAACUGUUUUAG